CAUUUGUGGUUUCUCUCGAAUAUAAGACCAGCGACUUAUCCCUUUUUCCCCCUCCAAUUUACCUCUUUCAACCAUGUCUACUCAGCGCGAAACUUCUGGCAAGGACCCCGUCCGCGUGGCGGCCGGUCUCAAAGCAACCGUUCACAACCCUAAUGUCUCUGAGGAAGCCAAAGAGCGUGCCACCGACCAACUGCAGCACAUGCAAGAAGGCGAAGUGGACCCGCAGUCUUACAGCCAAGGCGCUACUCGCGUACCCGUCAGCGACGAUGAUGUCAAUUUGAGCGGCAAUCAGCGUGGUGGAUACAAGGCCACCUUGAAGAAUCCUAACGUUUCCAAAGAAGCUAAAGGCCAUGCUCGCGAGAUCUUGGAGGCCGACCAGGAGGAGUAAAUAUUGAUUUGCGUUUUAAAUAUCUCAUGUAUGAUUAUUGGCCAGAAGGAAUUCAAGUAUUUGACAAGCC